AUGGCGGGCCCAACAUUCACGGCCAAUUUGUACUCCUCACUAUUCCUCAGGAACCCCACGUUCUCCCUCACCAUCGCCGUGGGCGCCCUGUUCUUCAAGCGGGCGUUGGGUCAGGGAGCGGAUAUGGUCUACAAGCACAUCACCCAAGGGAAGCUGUGGAAACACAUCAAGCACAAGUACCAGACCCAAGAGUAG